CAGCGUGGAAACAAAACCCUCCAAAAUGUGCAAAGUUGUGGUUUUCAUUUCAAUUUCCUCCAUAAAACACUUUUUGGGGUUCACCGAACAUUUUAUGGUAAAGUGAGGUUUCAUUACAAAGUACAAUUGGCCACGCAAAAAACAAGCCCUUAUAUAGUUCUGUAGAUGGAAAUAUAAAAGAGUUAUGGAUUUUAGAAGGAGAGGAGGAAAAAAACGAAAACAUUAAAAUAAAAUUGGCCUGGUCAAAAAUGGCCUUGGUCCUUAAGGGGUUAAAUAACUGAUUUCACGUUAUAAUUAGCAGUGUGGACAUUAAAUAGGCUCGAGUCUAACAACGCAUAACCUUAAUGAAUGUACGGAUACACGAAAGAAAAUCGUCACAAUAACAGCGAGCUCUUACCAUUUUGCUAAUACGUUGUCUGCACCGGUCUCGUUCUCUCACAGAUUCGAUCUACAGCUCAAAAAGACCCACAGCAGCGUCACUUAUUCACUCCAAGGAAAGAUUAAUUCCAGCGGAUACCAUGGGACCUUCUGUGCUAUUUAUUCAUCCAGACCUAGGAAUUGGAGGAGCAGAGAGACUUGUUGUUGAUGCAGCACUUGCACUUAAAUCACGGGGUUGUCAAGUUCAAAUUUGGACUGCACAUUAUGAUGUAAAUCAUUGUUUCUCAGAGACAAUAGAUUCAUGCAUACCAAUUAGAUGCUGUGGAGAUUGGCUUCCCAGAAGCCUUUUUGGUAGAUUCCUGGCUCUAUGUGCAUACAUUCGAAUGAUAUAUCUGGCCUUCUACAUAGUGUUCCUCAGUGGAGAACAAUUUGAUGUUGUGUUUUGUGACCAGGUAUCUGCCUGCAUUCCGAUUUUCAAUCUUACCAGAAAAAAAAAACGUGUUUUAUUCUACUGCCAUUUUCCAGACCAGCUACUUACCCAAAGGAUAUCAUUGGUUAAGAAGAUCUAUAGAGCUCCCAUUGAUUGGUUGGAAGAGAAGACUACUGCCAUGGCAGACUGUAUUCUAGUCAAUAGUCAAUUUACUGCCAAAAUAUUUAAAGAAACAUUUACAUCAUUAUCUCAUAUAAAACCAGAGGUUUUAUAUCCAUCAUUGAAUGUUGGCAACUUCCAGUCUUGUGUGUUUGAUGGCCUGGCUGAACUUGUACCUAAAAAGAGAGAGAUUAUAUUCCUUUCAAUCAACAGAUAUGAGAGAAAGAAGAACCUUAAACUUGCCCUGGAAUCUCUAUGUACUCUUCGUGACAAAAUAAGUUUUCAGCAUUGGGAGAAGGUUCAUCUAAUUUUGGCUGGAGGAUAUGAUGAGAGAGUGAAUGAGAAUGUAGAGUAUUAUAAAGAACUAAAUCAGCUUGCAGUAAAAUAUGAUAUUAGCAACCAUGUUUUAUUUUUAAGAUCUUUUUCUGACAAACAAAAAAUGAACCUUCUUCACAACUGUGUAUGUAUAUUAUAUACCCCAAGCAAUGAACAUUUUGGAAUUGUCCCAAUAGAAUCUAUGUACAUGUACUGUCCUGUAAUAGCUGUUAACUCGGGUGGUCCUCUUGAAUCUGUUGUUGAUAAUGUCACAGGGUUUUUAUGUACGCCUACACAUGACGCUUUUGCUGAUGCAAUGGAAAAGUUUAUAAAAGAUCCUACCCUUAGGAUAAGAAUGGGAAAAUCUGGACACGAAAGAGUUAUGGAACAGUUUUCUUCAGAAGCUUUUUCAAAUCAGCUGUAUAAUUACAUAUGUAAGCUGGUGGAAUGAAAAUAACCCAAUAAUACCUAUAUGGAACAAUAGGUAUUGUUAUACCACUUUUACAGACAGCAACGGAAUUCUGCACUGAAAAAUGUUAAGAGCUUGAGAGACUCUUUGGUUUUGAAUUUGACAGUAGACAUAAAGCAAAUAUAAACAGACAAACUAUAAUGGAAACAUUUGCACAGCUUUGGAACCCACGCUUGAUUUCAGAUGACAAAUAAUGGUGCAAAAUAUGGACCUAGUGUGAGUGAGGCCUGAAUCAGAAAUCCAACUUUAAAAGAAGAAUAUAUCCCAGAAGCUCAAGAGUUCUGGGAUUGUGUGAUAUAGCUUACUGCCACAGUUGACAGCUGUUUAUUUUACAUGUAAGAUUGCUUUCUCAUCUGCUGUAUUUUCAUUAUUUAAUAUUUCCUACUACACUGUAAGAACAUCUAAAAAAUAAACACAUUCCUUGUUGGU